CAAAUUCCAAAUCACUUCUUAUCAGCAACAGCAAUGCAAUUUGCUGAAAGAAUUCAAGUAAAUUCUCAUUUUAAAAGAAAUUUACUAGAAAAGAAACUAGUCUUAUGCAUCUAAUGUUGAAAUUAGGAAUGUAUUAGCCAUAAUUACGAGUAAAAUUGUGUAUUGUAUUUACACGAGUCAAAAUGAUCUUAAUGCAACGUUAGUCGAUUCCAAAAAUUCGAAAGAUAUUCGAAUAAAAUGGAUGAGUUGCUGAACACUGUCAAGAGUUCCAACGAAAUGCUGCAUCAUUGCGAUACUCUGAAACAUCUAUUAGAGGAGUUGCCUUUACCGAGCCCUCCGCAAGACGAGAUCCUAGAAAUAUUAAAGAGUAAUGUCGAGCUAUUCGCAAAAUUUAUUAAGCAAGAGGGCCAGUUGCUAAUUAACGAUGUACCAUGGAACCGGCCACAUAUAGAUAACAAGAAUCAAGAUGAGUCGCAAACGAAGAACGACGAAGUUCCGCAUCCGCCCCGUGAAUCGAAUUCUUCAUCUUCCGAAGGAUCGGAUUCCUCCACCAGCGAUGAAGAUAGAACAGAGAAUGAUGAGAUACCUUCAUCAAAAUGUAAUUCUGUAACUGAGAACAGUGAUAAACAACGUCGUCGCGAAAAACCUUCAACUGCGCUUUCGCGACUCGAAGAAAUUCCUCCUGCCAAAAGACGUUUUUCAAAAAAUGUGAGGAAAUAUCUUGACGGACGGUAUCAGCGAGCGUAUGGGUUAGAUCCGAAAUCAUUAUUGCCAUUCGAAGUUAUCGGUUGGUACCCCUCGAAAUAUGUUGUAGCUGAACACACAUGUUGUAAUGAUAGUGUUUCGAGGGUGGCAUUCGUUGGAAAUAUCUUGAUGCUUGGCGACGGUUAUGUUUCCGGCGUUUGUAACUAUAUUACAAGGAGUUAUAAACAUAAAUUUGACCACACUUUAUAUAACAGUCAUUUAACUAUUCCACAGCUUUUAGCUGCGGUCGCGAGGUUUUCACAGCUGCCAGCAAAUGUUUUGUUAUCUAUCGGUAAUACCGAUGCUCUGUACAGGUACAACUUUAUCGAAGUUCGUCGCCAGUAUGUUCAUUUAUUACAGAUUCUGUGGAGUUUGGGAGUACGCAGACUGCACGUACUGCCCAUAAUGACUUUUCUCGGUAUGUCAGUUCAAUACCACGCGGUAGCUUCUAUGGUAUCGGAAAAUUGGUCGACAACUUUCGGUGGUGAUUAUAUUUUCGAAAGUGAUCUUAUUCAGAGCGCUUUGAACUCGUUCGACGAACCACUCAGAGUUGAGAACGAUUCUUUGGUUUUGACACCCAAGCAAUGGAGUUUGAUUUCCGAUAAGAUUCAGUUUUAUCGGUAACUAAUCGUAACUGUUACGAAAAAGUGAAAAGAUUUUGAAAAUUGUAACGUGGACGGAAGAGCACGUAAUGUUGAACUCGAAUAAACCGUCGUAAAACUUACUGUUCCUGGAAGUGACGAACCCAGAUGAUUUGCCUUUUAUGUACCUUCGUAGCACGAAGAUGACAUUGUGAUUCUAGCUGCAAUUGAUAUUUCGAUCUACGUAUUUUCUUCAUCGUUGCAAUGUAUUAAUGAUUUGUCGAUAUCAGUGAUGAAAGUAAUGAUUGUAAUUCACGAUGUAGGUAAAUGUUUUAGGUAUAACUAUUCCUUAUUGAUUUGCUGUGUUCCUAAUAAGAUGAACUUUUGUUUUUGAACCCGCUUUUACCAAUGUUUUGAUGAAGUUUUUUUUUGCGUUGUUUAUUUUUUAUUUUUAUUUUUGUUUUUGUUAAUAUUUGAAUUUCUGCGGAAAAGACUGAAAUUGAUGCGAAAAAUAGAACAAGAGGAACGCUCAAAAGUAUUUGAAUGGACCAUGAAUGAAAUAUAGAUCGAAAAUCGAUCAAAUCAAUGAGUAAUUUUGAUAUGAUUGAGUAAUGAAAUUACGUAAUUCUGUUGGGUAUCAAAAAAUCUUAAUUUUUUCCAAAAAAUUGGGUAUUUAUAUCUCCUUCGGUCCUCUAAAGUAUCAGUACGCCCCUCAAAAAUGUUGAUCCUAACCGGAAUUUUUUUUUAAAAAAAAGCAGAAAAUUGAAUUCUGUAAAAAAUUUUUUCAAGUUUUAUUUCUAGGAAAAUCCGUCCUAGGGCUCAGGAAAUCGACUGAAAAAAAAUAUAAAAUGGGUUUUCAUCGAAACAAACCUUUUGGUUCAGUUUGGUCAAAUUUGGAGAUGGUCUCAAUUUUACCAUUUUACCCCUUUUUUAUUUUUUUCUAGUCUUUUUUGAACGUUUAAAAUUUUUGACCAGGGCUU